UCAACUUGGUUACCUACGCUUUCCACUUUCCAGUUUUAAAUUUUCACUUUUGGACCGUAUUAACGUGUAAAGUAUGAUCAGCAAUUAGUAAUUCUGAAUUAUAUUUAUAUGAGACCCUUAAAUAUUCGUUGAAUUUAUUACCUGUGAAACCUCAUGACUGAUAUGCCUAGAAUGCAUGGUAAGAUGGACCGGUGACAAUCUCGUAGCAGCUUACCGCUGUUGUUUACUAUUGCCGAUGGCUCCAGCAUGCUGUUAGAUGUCCUGAGAACACUUUCAUACAGUCAAAAGCUAUCAACGUGGACACCUAUAUUCUUCGUGUUUAAAUUAAUGCGCCUGCACCGGUGUGAGGGGUGUCUUGCAGCGUGCGGUCCGGAGCGCCGGACUGCGCCCCCGCCUUCUAAGACCAGUCUCUGUUGCAGGCACACGUUAAUAAAGCGAUCAAGACGGCCACCGUACUCCGUGCCGCUGAUAAAGAAGGAAUCAUUCACAAGCAUGGCGGAGCAGACGCCUCCCAACCCCCCUGACACUAUGGCACCACCGAUGCCCUGGUUCGGCAUGGACAUCGGCGGGACCCUCACGAAGCUGGUGUACUUUGAGCCGCGCGAGAACAACAGACGCGAGCUGGACAAGGAGACAGAGGUUCUCAAGAGCAUCCGGCGGUACCUCACCAGGAACUCCGCGUACGGCAAGACCGGGAGGAGGGAUGUGCACUUACAGAUGGAGAAUGUAACAAUUCGAGGUCGUCGAGGAACUCUGCAUUUUAUCCGCUUCCCGACGAGCGAAGUCGGGGCGUUCCUACAGCUAGCUCGAUCCAAGGGCAUGGCAGCUCUGGUCAACACAAUCUAUGCGACCGGCGGAGGGGCAUACAAAUUCGAACAGGACUUUAUAAAGGAGGUGAAUAUGAGGCUGUCGAAGCUAGACGAGCUGGACUCUCUAAUAGCUGGUCUGCUGUUCGUCGACGGGAUGAACCCCCACGAGUGCUACUACUGGGCCCCAGACGAUAACAACGCCACCGACGAUGCGCCGCCAUAUUUGGAAGCGUCACUGAGCCAGUACGUGCGGAAGCCCUACGAUUUCUCCAACCCGUAUCCCUUCCUGCUGGUGAACAUCGGCAGUGGAGUCUCCAUGUUGGUGGUCAGUGGACCCAGCCACUACUACCGAGUCAGCGGUACCAGUUUGGGCGGUGGCACUUUCCUAGGGUUGUGCUGCCUUCUAACGGGCUGCAGUAGCUUCGAGGAGGCGAUAGCGUUGGCAGCUAGCGGGGACAACACUAGUGUCGAUAAACUAGUGAAGGACAUAUACGGUGGGGACUACGAGCGAUUCAGACUACCCGGGGAUUUGGUGGCGAGCAGUUUUGGGCACAUGUGCUCGGCUGAGCGGCGCGCGAAGGUGUCUCGCGAGGAUCUGGCGCGAGCGACUCUGGUCACCAUCACAAACAACAUCGGCUCCAUUGCGCGACUGUGUGCUCUCAACGAGAGGAUAGGACGGGUGGUGUUUUGUGGUAACUUCCUGCGCGUCAACCCGCUGUCUAUGAAGCUGCUCUCUUACGCCAUGUCAUAUUGGUCUAAGGGUGCUUUGAAGGCGUUAUUCUUGGAACACGAAGGGUACUUUGGUGCGGUGGGUUGCCUUCUACACUACGAUAUUAAAAACCACAAGCAAAAUAAUUGUGUCUCAAACAAUACCGACAGAUGAGCUUUAUAUGUUACGUUACUUAUAUAUAAUAUAUAUUUUGCAUUUUUUGUACACAGGGAUAUAGUGUAGGGUUUUGUUAAAAAAAAAAUAACCUCUUUGGUUUUUUAUUAGUUCACACAUAAUAACUGACACAAAAUUGUUAUUUGAGUUUCUCUCGAUACUGGGAUAGUUAAAAAUUUUAUUUAUACCAAAAUUUAUGGACAUUCAUAGUUCGAUGCCCGCGCGGAACAUAAAUUUUAGUAGAAAUAAACAUUCAACAAAAUAUUAUAUUGAAAUUGAACGCUCUAAGGCUUAGGCCACACUAUAGCUAAAACCGCCGCGGUUUUUAACCGCGAGAUUUUGUGAGUGGAAUAAACUAAUAUAUAAUUUGUUACAAAAUGGCGGAUACUGUGUCGUCAAUACAUUGACUUUCAAAUAAGAAUAAAGUCACAAUCACGCCAACAAUACAACACAAUAUACCACUUGACAGCCCGAUUAAUCAAUGUGUGCGCUAACUUAGACUCACGUUCCUUUUCUAUCUUGCUCCAUUGUUUUUAUGAAAAUAAGGGACAAGAUGAGCAGGACGUUCAGGUGGCAACUGUUACGCCCUGCAAAUUACAAUGCAGCAAUGAAGUGCCGCUCAAGAUUCUUAAAAAACACAGAAGUUCUGAGCGGCAAUACAAUUGCGCUCGUCACCUUGAGACAUAAGAUGUUAAGUCUCAUUUGCCCAGUAAUUUCACUAGCUACGGCGCCCUUCAGACCGAAACACAGUAAUGCUUACACAUUACUGCUUCGUGGCAGAAAUAGGCGCCGUUGUGGUAGCCAUAAUCUAGCCGGCAUCCUGUGCAAAGAAGCCUUCCACUGGUACAUAUCCGUUAGAGAUUUUCUUCUCUCUAGCACGAUUUGUUCGUCUAUAUCAUAGUUUCUCAACCUUAUUUUGCUCACCGCCCACUUUGAGAAUAUGUUUUUUCUAGAGUAUUUUCGUGUAUUUUUUUGCCUUUUUAGACUAUAUUUUUCAAUCUACCCACGCCCCAUCAAUGCCCCCUAAUUUUCUCUGGGUCUUCUACUGCCAUAUAUUGUCAGUCUAUAUUUCAUACCACAAGCGACUUAGCAGCAACUAAAAUCGCUUCAUUUGAACAAGUAAUAACCGCGCGCGGUUAAAACAGCAGUGUGGCCUAAGCAUAAUAAUGUAAGUGAUAACAGAUAACAAUAUAAAGUGAUAACCUUCACUUCUAGGAUUAAUACACAAAUAAAAUUUGAAAAACAAAAUUUUAUGAACGAUGCGGGAUUCGAACACACGACCUCCGGCGUUCCGUGCCGGUGCUCUAACCAACUGAGCUAACCGUUCGAGUACCGCCUCGUUAUAAAAUUCUGUUUGCUUUGUUCAACUCUCAUAAUGUACCGGCGAAGUUAUUUUUUAUUGAUUAAAAUGAACUUUUGUGUGAGUAAAAUAGCCAGAGCUUUAUUGAUAUAGUUGUCUUACAAUAGUUAUUGUUGUAUUUCACUACUUAAUGUGUCCAGUUGAUAUUUACUAAAUAAAUUCCGACGAAGUGAACUGCAUAUUAUUAUGGAAAAUCAUUGUCCUUUGCGACCCUACUUAUGACUAUAAUUGCGCACUUAAUGACACCGCACGUCGUAGUCGUGUAGUCUUAUCAUGAUGUCAUGACAACAGGCCAGGCUUAUUGCGUUAGUGUGCAUGACAAGCUACGACUUAUACUCGCGAUACGUUAUUCACUCUGUUUUAGUGUGCGUGUGCUGCUGAAAAUAGAGGCUAACAGUCCGCCGCUAUUGUUUUCGCCGUGUUCACAGCUGUCACAGUCAAUCUAGACGUAUAAAUUAUCUAUAAUGCUAGUUAACAAAACGCCGUUGAUCUGAACUGAAGCCAAACGUGCACUUCGUCUAUCAAUUAGUGGUCACUCGUUUGCUCUACGGAAUUUAUUUAUUAAGCAUUCCAACGAUGUAUACCUGGAUCUGGAUAUUGCCCUGCCAUCAAGUGAACCUUAAGCAGUUCUGAUCAUGCCCACACCUAGAAUUAUGAUUUGUGUAUGUUGGCAUCGAGCAAUAAGAAUGUGGCUGUUUGUUGAAACUCUUUGUGCAUGAAGGGAUCGAAAAAAAAACCAAGGAGUGUUGUUAUGAAAUUCAUUACAACAUUACAACACUCGUUUGGAUAAUGUAAUGGUUAUUACGACAUUGGGUGUUUUAAUGUUGGUAAAGCUAACUGUUUCAGAAUCUUUUAUAGAGGAUUUAAAGCAUGGGUAAAGAUAAAUAAAUAUAUAUUUAUAUGAGGGGUUAUAAAAGGUGUUAGUGUGAUUUAAUUUUGAUUCACCAGAUAAUAACUCUCGGGAUUAUAAUUCCAUACUGUUUAAACGAUAAAAUUGCCAACACAAUCAAAAAGUGAAUAUUUGGAAGCACAGUGUGACUACUGACCCAAGAGUAAGUUCCGUAUUAAGAGGCUUUAUAUUAUUUUUUUUAAACUGAAAUUGUGUGCACGACUUAAAACAAGUGAAUUUAUUAUAACAUAUUAACAUUAAUUGCAGGCUUUUUAAACAUUUUAAAAGUGGUGCAGAAAUUUUACAAAUAUGGAAUGGGAUUUAUUGAGCAUCUGAAAGUAGUGAUUACAGAUUGCUUCUUUAAUUUUGACUAUUUUUAUUUAUUUAAUUUUAUUCACCCUUUCCGUUGACCGUUGGUUCGCCAGCCAGUCUGUGUCUGGAGAGUGUUUUUAUAAUUUAUAGAUAUUUUACGUGGUGAUAGGGACUUCCAAGUUUUAUAGGUAACAGUAAUUAUUUGUAAAUAUCUUUUACGCAAUUUUAUAUUACGUAGAAUAGUUGAAAGUUGGUAGGGUAAAUGUGCUAAUUUCCGACUUCUUGAGAUUUUUGUUUUAAUCAAUAUUUUCCUAAUAUUUUUUCCUGGUAUCCUACGGGGCUAUAAAUUAUGGUGUUGUUUAUAAAGUCGUAUAAUUAUAACUGUAAGAGUUCUUCUAGUGACGCUACACUAAAUGAAAUAUACAGAUAUAUAGAUUUUAUUUUGAUAUAGCAUAAAGUAGCUUAACUUUGUUCAAAUGAUCAAAAUAAGUUUUAAUAUGAUGUCAUUAACUUAAAUUAAGAAGAAUACUGUAUUUUUACAACUCUUAUGUGUUGUUUUCUACUAGACGUCUUUUUGGGUUCAAAUUAAGAAUUUUAUUUGAAUUAUUUUUAUUUGUUUAUGCUACUCGAACCUAGUUUUUUAUUUUUGCAAUUGCAACUUUCAAUUUUAUUUUGUUAUUAAAGUUAUUGUUGCUAGAGAUCGGAAAUAAGUCGCUUAACUUAUAUUAAAAGACAAUAUCAAUCAUAUUAUCAUAAUUCCCUAGCUAGUUUUACUCUAACAGAAUAAACGAAGGUAGAAAAGUGAAUGCUAAAUUAUUUCGUAAAUUUAAAUGUAUGUGGUCACGAAAAAAUAAGAAUUCUAGAUUUACUAAACUAUUGUUUUUAUGACCUUUGAAUAUGAUAAAUUGCAUAAUAAUGUUUGACGCUGGCUGCUGAAUUAUUAUGAAUGUAUGCAUUUUUUUUUAAAUUUGUAUAACUUCUGUAAUACUUAACUCAAAAAUGUAUUUAAUGUUUCGUAAAUUCAGUUGAUACUAAUUUAAUAACAUUUCUUUCAAAAAUAUAUUAAUUGAAACAUGAUUUUUGAAACAUUUUGACUUAUCCCACUUAAUAUGCUUUUAUCUGUGGUACUCUGUGAAUGUAAAGUUUAGCCAAAAAUAUAUCAAUGAGAAGCUUUGUCAUUUUAGCGCCCGGCAAAAGCGAGAGUCUGCUAAAUGUACAUAAUAAAUUGUAUAAUAUUAUUUCAUAAUUCUAUGAUCGAUUCUGCUUCGUGGUAUUUAACCGAUUAUUAAUUGUUUUAUGAUAUAUUUUAUCGCACAAAGUUGUUGUUUCGCACUUAAAUUAUGAGGUCGGGUGGUUGGUUUCAUACGUGCAUUUUGUUAAACGAACAUAUGGAAUUCUUAACCGUAUAAAAUUCACUCUAGUGCCUAAUGUUAUUCCCAUAAAAAAUUAAAAGAAGAUUAGAAUAGUUUAGCCAUAGCAAAAAUGUUACUUAACAGAAUGUUCGUAAAAGGGCUAAGUGUACUAAUUAAAGAUCCCUUGCUUGUUUGUAACUCUGGAUAUGAUAUCUGUGAUUAAAUUGUUAAAAGUAUAGAUAUUCGUGAUUGAUUGUAAUAAAUAUCAAGGUGGUCCGCGAUUGGUCGCUUUACCCUAUCGGCGUGGUGGGUCUGUAUUCGCAUAAUUUCCUAUUUGAGCUGCGUAUUGUAUAUUAUUAUAUGAAUGAUGUUGAUAUACUUAGGUAAUUUUUAAUAUUUUAUAACGUGAUUAAAUAAAUCUAUUAUUA